AAGUCUGCUGGAAAACGCAUUGAACACCAAAGAGUUCACUAACUGGUCAUAAUGAGGAUUUCAUCCAUCCAUCCAUCCAUCCAUCCAUCCAUUUUCUGAGCCGCUUCUCCUCACUAGGGUCGCGGGCGUGCUGGAUCCUAUCCCAGCAAUCAUCGGGCAGGAGGCGGGGUACAACAACAAUGCAGGUCAUUUUGGUUUUCGUGCCCCCCACAAACAUGGAAUGUGCCAACACUUUGCCCCCACUAGCUUUAACGUCACCGUAGACAGGCAAGUGUAAGAGGGCGUGUCGUAUCUGCCUACAUUUCAGAUCUAUGCGCGCUCCGGCAGGAAACAAGGAGGUUUGCCAGGUUGAACGAAGGCGGUGGUGUGGACUAAAGUUCCUCUCAACUCAUUAAAACUCUGGGAUAAACACACAUUCGCUGCUUUUAAAUCGUACAGCUGUACUGCCGAGCAACCUUCUUUUAUUUGACUUGUAUUUAUUAUUAUUAUUAUUAUUAUUAUUAUUUUUGCCUACGUAUGUGCGCGUGAGCUGGGCGAACACACCUGCGUGACUUAGAUUGCUGAAAGAAGUCCAUCGAGAGAUUUGCUGAAGGUGGUGGCACAAUUGAGUCCAAACAUGUACACUUACAACAACAUACAGCGCAUCCUGCACGGAUGUGUUCCAGUCGGGGUAUUUGCAGCAGCGGCGAGCGAGCCGCCAACCGGUCUUCCCGCUCCCAGAGCACCGGUUCGGGAGCUCACUAUGCCCUGUGCGCCCUGGGAGUGGGCCUCAUUGCGCUGGGCGUGGUCAUGAUCGUGUGGACGGUGAUCCCCGUCGACGGGGAGGCGUCGGGCGGCUCCACCAACUCGUCCAGCAACUCCACCGUAAAUGGAGGCGAUGAUGACAACGACGGCAAAGAAGGGGAGCUCUCCAAGUCGUCAUCGGUCGCCAUGGUGCUGGUGGGCGUCGGCCUCGCCAUGCUGCUGCUGUCCAUUUGUCUUGGCGUUCGGAGCAAGCGUAGAGCGAAUAACAGCAGCGAGCAAACUACUGCGCCAGCUUUCAUGGACCACGUGGCCGGCGAGCAGGAAGAAGUUCCAGAUCCGGCCGCAUUCAACGUUCCGAGCUACGAGGAGGUGGUCGGCAGCAGCGACUACCCCGUGCGUCAGAGCAACCUCCGCCAGAGCAACACCCACCUGCCGUCCUACGAGGACAUCAUCGCGGCCGUGGAGAACGAGGGCAUGGACCAGCCCGCCGAGGACUCCCCUCUCAACGACACGGCGCCGCAGCCGCCCGCCGCCGAGCACCAGGCCGACGCCGCCCGUCAGCCCAGCCUGCCGGCACGCAGCGCCAGCCGAGCCAGCCGCCUGCUGCGCCCCUUGCGGGUGAGGCGGAUCAAGUCGGACAAGCUGCACCUGAAGGACUUCCGCAUCCAAAUCCGCAGCCCCACGCACAACCCGGUGACCAUCGAGCCCAUCACGCCGCCGCCGCAGUAUGACAACAGGCCGCCGGAACUGGGAUGAAUGCAAUUAUCUCUGGACUGAGAAUCCAGUUUUUCCAAUGUUGGUACUAAAAAAAGUAGGUUAGAUGUUGCUGGGAGCGGCCAAGGAAACCAGUCACGAGACCAUCUCCUUGGCAAGGAACUUUGUCAGAUGUGUUCUGUUACCACGCAUUUCUGCUCCUGUGUGAGUUACACCAAAACCACCGAAAUUUAAGUACAACAUGUAACAUUUAUUAUGAGGAUACAAGUGUAGUGUUUCAAGGGCAAAAAAAAAAGAAAAGGGAAUUAAGUAUAUUACCGACGAGUGUCACCUAUACAAGCUUUUCAUAAUGUUGUCUUAAUGAAGAAGAUGCACUGUGAAUGAGGAAUUAUUUGUGAAUGUGCUUUUAAAUGUCUUUAAGUGGCUCAAGUUGAACAUUGUCAAGUCGAAUGUCCUCUUGAGGGUGUGUCGCAAUACUGGAACAUUAAAUAAGAAUAUGUGGAAUAUUUGCUGUGGUCCUGUAAUAAGAUAAGGUAAUGGUUUGCGUUCUUUAAGGCAUUUUGUGUUGUUAAAAUAAAUCAUCUUUCAGUUGCAUUAUGCUUUUAAUUAGACAAUUUAAAGCAGCUAUUUCAAUGCAACGUUACUGAUGCCUUGUGUGAUUUUGUUUUUUACCCACGCUGGAAUCGGUGCUCUUUUUAGGUUGACCUCGUUAAUUUAUUCCUUUAAUCUGGCCUACUGUCAAAAGGAAUGGCAGUCCAGACUAAUGGAGUAAAUUAGAGACGCUGCAAGUGUAUUUAUGUUCCGAAAUAUUGUCUUUUAUGGUCUCAUAAUAAAAUCUACAGUAUCUGUA